UCAGACAACAUCACCAACAGCUUUGUCUGUGUGUGUGUGUGUGUACGGGAGCAAAAGCAAGAGAGGGAGGCAGCGCACGAGAGGCAGAGAGAGAGCGCCACAGAGAGAGAGAGACAGAGCAGGGAAGGGGGAGGCUCCAUAUUCUUUCACCUAACCCCCCCAUCACCGUCAAACCACAGGAAGGAGGGGCCAGACCCUAAGCUGCCAAUCAAAUCCGCUCGUGGCAGCCGGCAUUAUCUCAGCAACAAACUAUUGACAGAUUACAUGUCAAGGAGUUUAGUGCUUGAUUGAAGGAAGCCUCUUUUUUUUUUUUUUAAAUCUAGUUACUUUUCCGCUGUAUUCCCCCCCUCCAACAACCAACAUUCGAAUGACUUUCUAACAGAGUUGAGUAAUAUUAUGAAAGUUACAUGUCUGAGAGGAUUUAACUUCGACUUCCCUGAAUAUGCUGAAAGGAGUUUAUGCACUGAAACGACCUCAGGAAAACCCAAGAUGGCCGCCAAAAGAAAAGGUGGCCUAAAACUCAACGCUAUCUGUGCCAAGCUGAGCCGCCAGGUGGUGUUCGACAGCAGCUCCCAGAAUGCAGAGGGAGACCAGAGUGUAGCAGACAACAGCGAGCGCGGUAGCUCCCACUACGACGACAACGAGACCAACUUCCCCGAGAGCCUGAGCCUAAAUCAGAGCCUAGAGGAGGACCAGAAGCGACGCGAGGCCAUUGAGAAGUGGGUCAACGGCGAGUACGGCGAUGAGCCCCCAGCUCCUGACGACGAUCAGGAGCAAGAACUCAAAGUCAGCAAUGACGAAGAUGGCCCUCCUGAGGGCGUGUACAUGGUACAGCCCAAAGGCUGCAGCGAUGACGAAGACAAUGGAGAGGAGGCCGAGCCUGCGGCGGGGUCUCGAGAUGGCAGUUACCCUGAAGACAAAGAAGCUGAAGACAGGCCUUCAAAAGAUGACGCCUACAUGCCGCCGAGUGAGGCCCAAAAUCGCCAAGCACCAUUCUCCUCUCCAGGAGAAGCGUCUGCCCUGCGAGACUAUGCAGCCAACACCAUGAAUGAAUUUCUGGGAAUGUUCGGUUAUGAUGACCAGCAGGUAAGGGAUGAGCUGACCAAGAAGAUCAGCUUUGAAAAGCUCAAAGCUGCUACCUCAGACCCCUCAUCCCUCAGCAGCGAGGAGGCCUCACGGCGUGCCCGCUUCUCCAAGUACGAAGAGUACAUUCGCAAGCUAAAAGCUGGAGAGACCCUACCUUGGCCCAUGCACGCUUCCCCGCCUAAACCAGACGACCUCAACUCAAAACUGGCUCAAGAUAAGAGCGCUACCAUGCUCCAGACCUCUGGUUGUCUACCAGGAGCCGAGGCACAGAUUUACCCCUCCAGCAUGGACCACAAACAGCCAGUAGCACCUCAGCUGGGUAAUUCUCAGCCAGCUAAUCCCUCUCACAUGCAGAACAUGGCCUCCCGAGCGUCCAAGUAUGACUUCUUUAUUCAGAAGCUGAAGAUGGGCGAGAGUUUACAGCAGCAGAAUGGUAAUGCUUACAAGAGACCCUCAAAGUACGACCUGGAGAACAUCAAGUUUCUGCUCCCCUUCAAACCCGGUGAGGGCAACCCUGACAUGGGCGGUUCCAUCGCCUUUAAGACUGGCAAAGUGGGUCGCCCUUCAAAAUAUGACAUCAGAACAAUUCCGAAGCUAAUGCCAGGAAACCCCGAGGCCUCACUGGUGCCCAGUGUCCUUCCUACGCCACCGGGGAACCCUGCAGCUCCCGGUGUCCCCGCUGUAGGCGCACCUGGAGCCAGCAUAGCACCAGGGCUUACAGUGGACCAGGCAGGCCACAUAAGUUUCAAUGCCUCUGACUACCUGAAGUCCAGCUUUUCCAAGACUGACUCCAUCACCACUGGCACUGUGUCCUCUGUUAAGAAUGGUCUGCCACCAGAUAAACCCGCCAGCGACGACAUCAACCUCUACCAGAAAUAUAUUGCCAGGUUCUCUGGAAGUCAACACUGUGGACACGUGCACUGUGCCUACCAGUACAGAGAGCAUUAUCACUGUAUGGACCCUGACUGUAACUACCAGGUGAGCAGGUUUACCAGUAAGCAGGAUGUAAUCAGGCACUACAACAUGCACAAGAAGAGGGACAACUCCUUGCAGCAUGGCUUCAUGCGCUUCAGCCCUCUGGACGACUGCAGCGUCUACUACCAUGGCUGCCACCUCAAUGGAAAAAGCACCCAUUACCACUGCAUGCAGGUGGGCUGCAGCAAGGUGUACACCAGCACCUCCGAUGUCAUGACCCAUGAAAACUUCCAUAAAAAGAACGCCCAGCUGAUCAACGAUGGCUUCCAGAGGUUUCGCGCGACUGAGGACUGUGGCACGGUCGGAUGUCAGUUCUACGGGCAGAAGACGACACACUUCCACUGCAGGCGCCCGGGCUGCACCUUCACCUUCAAGAACAAGUGUGACAUUGAGAAGCACAAGAGCUACCACAUCAAGGACGAUGCUUAUGCCAAAGAUGGCUUCAAGAAGUUCUAUAAGUAUGAGGAAUGCAAGUACGAGGGCUGUGUCUACAGCAAAGCCACCAACCACUUCCAUUGUAUCCGCUCCGGCUGCGGCUUCACCUUUACCUCCACCAGCCAGAUGACCUCCCACAAGCGCAAGCACGAACGUAGACACAUUCGCUCUUCUGGUGUCAUGGGCCUCUCUUCCACCUUCCUGGCACCAAAGGAUGAGCCCGAGGAAUCCAGCAACGACGACCUAAUGGACUUCUCGGCCAUUAGCAGCAAGAACUCCAGCCUGAGUGCCUCACCCACGACCCAGCAGUCCACUACUGUACCACACCUCUUGAGCACGCCCACCACUGCUGUCUCCUCCUCAUCCACAUCGGGCCACGCCCUCAAGCCGACCCCCUCGCUGCCCAGUGCGGGCCAGCGUAUGUCCACCCUGCUGUCUCAGACCUUGCCCAGCAACAUACCGGUGGCCCUUGCUCUUUCCAACAGCACCUUGGCCACCUCCAACCCGUUCUUCCCCCUUAUGUCCAGGCUGCCUCUCCAGCCACCUCCUCAAGCUGCUGGCCUGAUAUCCGCUGUGUCUUCAGGGGCCCACUCCAUGCCCACCGACUCACUCACCCAGGGCUGCUCCACAGUCGGGGCGGAUGGAGCCAUGCCAUCUACCCCAACCUCCUUUGCCACCUCCUCCAUUAUGGAGAAGAUCUCUGCAAGCAAGGGUCUGAUUUCACCCAUGAUGGCCAGACUGGCGGCUGCUGCACUCAAGCCAUCCGGCAGCCCAGACACAGGGAAUGGGCAGCCGGCAUUAGCCAGCCAGUUCAAUCUGGUUCAAGUGAAGCAGGAGCCAGUGGACGCCAACUCCGGGGCUUCCCAAGACUCCACACAGGAGUACAGCCUGGACCUGAGCAAGAAAGACCAGAGUAAUGAAUCAAACGGACACCCUGUACCAGGGAAUACAUCUCUUUUAUCCUCGCUUAUGAAUAAGAUGUCACAGGUGAACCCUGCCCUCUUCAAUGCAAUGAACCUGAAGACAGAGCUAGAGGCAGGUGAGGGUGGUGACACCUCGGAGGCAGGACAGUAUCUCAGCAAAGUGCUGAAGAGGCCCCUGGCAGAAAAAGCCAACGAGAUCUGGAGGACGUACCUCCGCAGGUUUGACACGGAUGACUUCUGUGAAGCUCAGUGCGACUUCCUUCACAAAGUUCACUUUCACUGCUUGGUAGAGGACUGCGGUGCCCUCUUCAGCACUGUGGAUGGGGCUAUAAAACAUGCUAACUUCCACCUCCGAGCCACCUUGAAAGUGAAGUCGGAGCCUUCGUUCGGUGAGGGCAAGGACUCCGGUGAGGGCGCCCAGCUGCAGCCCGUUGCCCCCGUCUCUAUGGCCAACAACCGCUCCAUGGAUGUUGCACACCUCUCCUCCUCUGGCGGAUACAGCUCUCCUCCCCCCUCCCUGCUGGCCUGGAAGCAGCUGACGGGCAGCAUCCCUCAGAUGCCAGCAUCAAUGCCCAACCUGCCAUCCAGUUCCCCUCUAGCCACCACCUCUCUGGAGAAUGCUAAGCCACAAGUCAAACCUGGUUUCCUGCAGUUCCAAGAAAAUGAUCCAUGUUUGGCUACUGACUGUAAAUACUCCAAUAAGUUCCACUUCCACUGCUUGUUUGGAAAUUGCAAGUAUGUGUGCAAGACCUCUGGAAAGGCAGAAUCCCAUUGCUUGGACCACAUCAACCCGAACAACAACCUGGUCAACGUCCGCGACCAGUUUUCCUACUACUCUCUUCAGUGUCUCUGUCCCAACCAGCACUGCGAGUUCAGAAUGAGGGGCCACUAUCACUGUCUGCGGCCUGGCUGCUUCUUCGUCACUAACAUCACCACCAAGCUGCCGUGGCACAUCAAGAAGCACGAGAAGGCAGAGCGUCGCGCCGCUAAUGGCUUCAAAUAUUUCACCAAGAGGGAGGAGUGCGGGAGGCUGGGUUGUAAGUAUAACCAAGUCAACAGCCACUUCCACUGCAUCCGCGAGGGUUGCCAGUUCUCCUUCCUCCUCAAACACCAGAUGACCUCACACGCACGCAAGCACAUGAGGCGGAUGCUGGGGAAGAACUUUGAUAGAGUCCCAUCCCAGAUGAUGUCACUCGGCCGCAGGGCGGAUGAGAUGCAGCAGCAGGCAUCGGGUAUGGUGCACGGGUCCAUAACGAUCCAGCCUGGCAUCAGCUCCAACUUCUCCAACAUCACGGAUGAGAAUGAUGACUACAUGGACUACAUGGGUGCAGGAGGCAGCCCCUUGGGCCUCUCCUCCGAAUCCUCCAACCAGGACCGAAGCUGCACCAGCACACCUGUGGGCAACGACAGCUCUCCGGCAGGACAAGGCUGCCCCACCACCACUUCUGCUCCUACCACCCCUGCUGACACUAGCGCUACCCAGAAUGCACCUCCUUCCUUCUCUCCUCCUCCUCCACCACGACCACCGCCACCUCCUCUUCCUCCUCCUCCUUCCGCUCUUCAGCCUGGCCUGCAGUCCCAGGCCCCAUCCCUCUCUCCUGCUCUCCUCCGACCCCCUCUCCCCUCACUCCCAUACCUCCUCUCUCCAUCCUGUCUGUCAUACUCUCUGCUCAGCGCCUCUCUGGGAGCCACUCGGAGUGUUGUCAUGCCAACCAACACACCAGCUUUCAGCCCCAUCAUUGCCACUCCGUCUCCGGUUAAAAAUGACGUCCCUAUAGUGCAGGAUGCUGCAGGCAACACCAUCUCCAUUCCCACGGCCGCUGGUGCAAAGAAGCGUUUCUGGAUCAUCGAGGACAUGUCCCCGUUUGGCAAGCGCCGAAAGACCGCAUCGUCACGUAAGAUGCUGGACGAGGGGAUGAUGCUGGACGGAUUCCGGCGCUACGACCUCUACGAGAACUGCAAGGACUCCAGCUGCCAGUUUUCUCUAAAGGUCACCCACUACCACUGCACUCGUGAGAACUGUGGCUACAAGUUCUGCGGCCGCACCCACAUGUACAAGCACGCCCAGCACCACGACCGCGUAGACAACCUGGUCCUGGACGACUUCAAGCGCUUCAAGUCUUCGCUCAGCUGCAACUUUCCUGACUGCCAGUUUUCAGGCAACAGCACCCACUUCCACUGUCUGCGCUGUGGCUUCCGCUGCACCGACAGCACCAAGGUGACGGCCCACCGCAAGCACCACGGCAAGCAAGACGUGAUCAGCGCUGCUGGCUUCUGCCAGUUCAGCUCCAGCGUGGACUGCGAGGUUCCUGACUGCAAGUAUAAGCUCAAGUGCUCACACUUCCACUGCACCUUCCCCGAGUGUAAGCACACAGUUGUUGGCAUGUCCCAGAUGGAUUCCCACAAGAGAAAGCACGAGAAACAGGAGCGAGGCGAGAUUCCGUCUGUGUCGCCGAAGCAGGAAGCAGCGCACCACCUGGGAGGAAAUGUGGCGGCAGUCCCUCCAUCCUCCAUGGGUCUGUCUACUUCCUCACCCGGUGGCCUCCACGGUUUGUCCCACAACAUCAUCACCAGUACUCCCUCCAUGAUCUACCAGACAGGCGGCAUUGCUUCUGACUAUAACCACUCAUACCUGCCAUCCUCCAUCAACUUAGACAGCUCCCUCAACCUGGGCACAGACACCAGCAGCUCACUGUUUUUCCUGAAGAACGCCGCCGGUCUGGGCCUCAGCGAUUCCCUGGACCUCAGCAAGAAGAUCCACCACGACGCAGCGCGAUCAGCCCACAACCUCUCAACCCAGCUGGGCCUGCCGGCAGCUCAGGACGACACCACGGGAACAUCCGGGGAGGCCGAAGAUGACAUGUCACCAGAGGAGGAGGUGCAGGCGGAGGAAGAUGACGAAGAAGAAGAGGAGGAGGAUGAGGAGGAAGAGGAGGCAGAGGAUGAUCUCAACACUGACUCAAACGAUGAUUCAAUGGCGGAGCCUGACGGCGAGAAAGACAAUGGCCAGAGUUUCGAUGCUUCCGUUAACCACACUGAUGCUUCCCAACUGGAAAAGCAAGAAGAUGCUGACCCAUAAAAAACAAAAACAAAAAAAAAACACACAAAAAAAAAACAAACUGAGUUUAAGAACUGCAGAAAAAUUCUGUGUACUAUGAUUAAACGAAAAAUGAAAGUGGCCUCAUUUAUCAUGUCGAGAGACUUCGGACGACGACAAAAAACAACGAGAGCGUGGCGAGAAUGAUGGCCCGAAACGAUUUAUUAUGAUGUUUACAAGAUGACCAACAUUAUUAAUUCAAUUAUGCAUUAAAGGAAAAAAAAGAUUACGAAUGGAGACACACAGAGUUAGGGCCCUGUUUCACACAUGGGACAGCAAUGUAAAGCAUUUUACUACACAUCAGUCUUUUUGUGUGCGUGCAUGUUUGACUUUAAUUUAUUUUCAUUUUUUCA